UCAAAUAUUUAUGUUUUUCCCCCCAUUGAAAUUGCAUUGUUCAUACCCAAAAUAGAACAAGAAGAUAGACAUGAAAUUCUUUCCUUUUCCCUCCGGUGCCAUGAAAUGAAGUUGGCGUUGUCUUCAAUCUCGGAAAAAGUUUAAUUUUUUUUCCCCGGUUUGAGAGCAGUUCGAGAGAGAAAGAUUCAAUAUUUUUUCCCUUUUCUACCGAACUCGCAUGGAAGCUGAUGGGAUCGCCCCACCCUCCGUCCGCCGCCUGCCUCCUCCCGGAAAAUUAGGGUUUUUGCAGCUCCGGGUGUUCUCUUCUUUUGGGGUCUCGAUUGAUGAUAACCCAUGGGUAUCCCGAAUCGCCUCAGCGCGCUGGGCGCGCUCCUGUGGAUGGCUUCGUUGGAAUUUAGCUGUGCGACGUCGGCGAGCGUAGUUCUGACCGGCAACAACGUCACCCUGUCCUUCGCCGCCGUCGAGGCCAAUUUCGCUCCGCCGGUUAAAGGUUCUGGGGUUUGUGGCGUGCUGUAUCUUGCGGAUCCAAUUGAUGCGUGCUCUCAAUUGGUGAAUGAGGUCACCCAGUUGCCAAAUGCUAGCUCCCCUUUUGCCCUAAUUGUUAGGGGAGGAUGUGGUUUUGAAGAUAAAGUUAGGACAGCUCAAAAGGCCGGAUUCAAAGCAGCUAUUGUUUAUGACAACAAAGCUGAUGGUGGCUUGGUGCCAAUGGCUGGAAACUCUGCUGGGAUAAAAAUCCAUUCUGUGUUUGUUUCUGAAGUUUCGGGGAAAUUACUUCAAAAUUAUGCUGGUUCAACUAAUGUGGAGCUGUGGAUAAUUCCAAGCUUUGAAGACUCAGCUUCGUCGAUCAUGGCUAUUUCUUUUAUUUCCCUGCUUGCCAUUUCAGCAGUUCUUGCCACGUGCUUCUUUGUACGUAGGCAUCGCAUGAGACGAGAAAGGCUUCGAGCUCCUCGUGUUAGGGAGUUCCAUGGAAUGAGCAGUCGCUUGGUGAAAGCAAUGCCAAGUCUCAUAUUUACUGCUGUUUUAGAGGAUAACUGCACAUCGAGGACAUGUGCGAUAUGCCUUGAAGACUACAAUGUUGGGGAGAAGCUCAGAAUUUUGCCAUGUCAUCACAAGUUUCAUGCAUUAUGUGUCGACUCUUGGCUUACAUGGUGGAGAACUUUCUGCCCAGUUUGCAAGCAUGAUGCGAGAACUAGCACAGGCAAACCCCCGGCUUCUGAGAGCACGCCACUGGUUUCAUCAAGCCCUGCGUCUGUGGCUUCCUCCUCUGCUUUGUCUUCUGCAAGAUCAUCGGUGGCCUCCUCGUCAGCCAUCCAAAUAGCCAGAGCAUCAAAUCCUCCUUCUGCUUCUCGGACUUCAUCUCUCUCAAGCACUUCUUUGCAGCAGUCCCAUAGGUCCUAUGGACAAUCUCCUCCUCUGAGCAGUAGCCGUAGUUCAGAAUCUUCAGAUGAUCUCAGGAAUGCAGCAUCGUCCCGGUCUCGAGGAUCCUACUUGGUUUCUGCCUUCUUGCUGGGUUAUCCCUCUAUAUCACCCGUCAAUUCAACAUUUGGGACUGGAUCUAAAUUUGUAGGUAUUUUUUAGAUAAAAUUAAGCUCAGCACGAGAUUAGAACUGGA